GGUGACUUGAACGUGAAUGUUGGCGACACUGAAAACUGACUGACGAUAACAAUUACAAACACUACAUAACCUCGAAUAUGUACUAACAAUUACAUAUUAAAAUUUUAUGGCAAACCCAAAAAGUAUCGAAGCUCGUCAAUCGUAUAUUGACCGAGACCCUUUUCACGGUUUUCAUAUCGAUGACAACUCCAUUUUAGGAAAAUUAGAAGGAAGACACCCGUGCCCCAAAUGUGGAAAAUCCAGGAAAUUCUUUUGUUAUACGUGUUAUGUACCAAUAUCUGAGUUAGAAGGCGUGCUCCCUGUUGUAAAGCUCCCGAUAAAGAUAGACAUAAUCAAGCACAAGCACGAAAUUGAUGGUAAAAGUACAGCUGGACACGCCGCAAUUUUAGCACGUGAUGAUGUUUCCAUAUACACAUAUCCAGACAUUCCAGAUUAUAGUACAGAAAAUGUGGUGUUAAUAUUUCCGAGUCAACACGCGAUCAGUAUUAGUCAGUUAGUGGAUAAAGAAAACUACGAUAGUAUAAUAAAUAGCAAUAAUCUCACACUGGAAGAACUGCCAAGAGGCGUUAAUAGAAGCACUUUAAUGAAAACAGCUUUGAAGUGUAAUAAGGCAAUAACUGUAAAUAACUCCAAUAAUUUACCAAUAAGUAAAGCAAUUUUUAUUGAUAGUACUUGGAAUCAGAGUAAAGGCAUCUAUAAAGACGAUAGAAUAAGGAAAAUUCCGUGUGUUGUAAUACAGAAUAGGAUAUCACAGUUUUGGAGGCAUCAAAAGGGUAGUCCUAGGUGGUACUUGGCAACCAUCGAGGCAAUUCAUCAGUUUUUAAUAGAACUACACUUGCAUUCGUGGGGGUUGAACCCUCAAUACAAAGGCAUUUAUAAUUGUUUUACAGAGAAUGUUUUAAAUGAGUGUGAGAAUUUGCACCGAAAUGAAGCAAAUUCUUACAAUGGACAGUAUGACAAUUUAUUGUACUUUUUUAAACAUAUGUAUGAUUUAAUUCAUGCAUACUAUGACCAUGAUAACUUAUAUGCCUAUAAAAGGCGACUAAUGUGAUUUUGAUGUACUUAUACAAUAUUAAAGAAUUAAUUGCAAUUUUAAUAUGUUUACUGGUAGGUAACA